GAGUCUAUAAAAAGCCGCCGUGAGCCGAGGCCACCGUCCUGCCAGAGCCGCCGGCAGAGGCUGGGGCGCGGCGCCGGCACCGCACCAUGAUCAACCCCAACUACUACCCCUGGGGCUACGACAGCGAUAACGGACCAGAUCAGUGGCACAAAAAUUACCCUUUUGCGAAAGGACGCCAUCAGUCACCAAUUGAAAUCAAUAACAAAGAGGUGCAUUAUGACAGUUCUCUACUACCAUGGUUUGCUAGUUAUGAUCCUGGUGCAGCUAAGACCAUCCUCAACAACGGGAAAACCUGCAGAGUUGUAUUUGAUGAUUCGUUCGAUAGAUCAGUGCUGAGAGGUGGGCCACUUCCAGGAGUCUACAGGCUGCGGCAGCUGCACUUCCACUGGGGCUCGUCUGACGACCACGGCUCGGAGCAUGUCGUGAAUGGAGUCAGGUAUGCAGGAGAGCUACAUUUGUUACACUGGAAUCCCAAAUACAGUAAUUACCUUGAUGCUAAGAGGAGAACUGAUGGGAUUGCUGUUUUGGCCAUAUUUUUGCAAGUAGGGGAAACUCCCAAACCAGAGAUGAAGAGAAUUCUUGAAGAAAUAAAUGCUAUCAAAACAAAGGGGAAAAAUGCUCCUUUUCCAAAUUUUGAUCCUUCAAUUCUUUUCCCUAAAUCUCACGACUACUGGACAUACCAUGGAUCUGUCACUACUCCACCUUGUGAAGAGUGUGUUACCUGGAUUAUUCUUAGAGAGCCCAUCAUAGUCAGUUCAGACCAGAUGGCAAAGCUCCGCAGCCUCUCCAAGAAUGCCGAGAACGAACCCAAUCACCCCUUGGUUGAUAACUGGCGCCCGACUCAGCCGCGGUAUUUCAGGAUGGUGAGCGCGUCGUUCCUCUAGGACCUGCCUCCUCUUGGGUGGCUCUGAGAGAGGCAGCCUCUAGAAAUAAGAGGUGGUUUUGUGAGUUGUGGAAUGAGAAUUUCACUUUCAGAGGAUAACAUUUAUUUAGGCAAAUCCUACUGUUAAAAUGGAAGUAGAGAGUCUGUUGGUUCUUCAUAACUGCUUUAAUAUUAGCUUUUAAUAGUUUAAAGGAAGAAGGAAGAUGCUACUAAUAAUUACAAGACAAUUUCCUAUUGAGCACAUGGCCCUUGAUGCUUGUCUGAUUGCAUGCUGAAGAGGUUUCAGUUAAGAGAAGUAAUUGUUUUCACCAUUAAAGACAUAUAUUUUUCAGUAGAUGUUUUCAGCAUUACCCAUAUCCAGCUCUGAGCUGCACCAGUUUAUCCACAAGGCAUUCUUGGAAAUUAUAAACUCUUUUGGUCUUUGGUACGUAAAAUAUGAAAGGACAGGAAAUUUUGUUAUAAUCACAAAUAAAGAGCUAAAUUUUUACUUUCUUAAAACAAUGGACAGGUGAAACAGAGGUCUAUUCUGAAAAUUGUAUUCACUGAGUUAUAUGUAGUUAAAACUAUGGGAAGGGGGAAGAGCUAUUUCUUUUUGUGUCACAACUGGUUCUCUUUAUUAAAAGACUAAUUUCCAUUUUAAUAUUGCAGCAGUCAAGGUGACAUAAAUUUUGUGAAGUUGCUCUUUGUAUCCUUCGUAUAUAUUUUAUUCAUGUAUGCAGAUAGCUCUUCUGUGUAAAAAGGGUGUUAAAAUAAGAAGAGUCCUUAGUCUUUUUAAUUAUUUUUGAGACAAAUUCUUGUUUCAUAUACAAAUGUAAUCAAUCCUGCUGUCAAUGAAGUUUGUGCAUAAACAUCUGAAACCACAGUUGGACUCUUAAUCAAAAUGCAAUUGACCAACAUGUUCUUGUCUCUUGUUUUGGCACAAAGAACAAUGAAACAGGGUUUUCAGCCUCUAAUUGAAUAACGCUGUUUCUGCAUUAAAAAGUUGAAUAAAAAUAUAUAUUUACUUAA